ACAUGUUAUUUGUGUAUAUUUCAAUUCAGUUUUAUUAUUAUUAUUAUAUAGGUUAAAGAGAAUAACAUGCAACUGUUUAUAUAUGUCUCUUUCUUGUCAUCGAUUGUUUUAUCAGUAAGCUCUAUAGUUACGAGACCAGAAAUUGUUGAUGCCAUUUUACCAGAGGUGAAGCAACAAGGUCAGAUUGGGUAUCUAAACUGCUCGGUAAUAAACUUGAAUCCAUCAUCAGCAGUACUACAAUGGGUUAAACAAACAACACCAUCAGGAACACCAUUACUAAUAUCAUCCAAUGAAAAGAUCCAUGUUAAUGAUGUAGUUGAAGGUCAUCCGAAAUAUUAUGUCAGAAAAUCUGUUAUUAAUAAUAGAGAACUGUAUCAACUUGUCAUCCAGGCAUUGACUGAAAAUGAUGCCGGCUCUUAUACAUGUAUGAUCAGACUCGCCAAUCAGAACUAUUUACAAUGGCCGAAAAAGCUUGGUCUUCUAACUGUCCUGAGUAAACAAAUGAGUAAGUAA